AGCGAGGAGCUUGCCUAUCCCCUGCUGUCAGUGAGAGCUUUAACUCAUGGGAUAGUUCUUAUCAGCUUCGGCGUUGCCACAGGAAUAUGAUAAUAGUAGUAGCAAACAGAUGACUGGUGUUUGUCAUGUGCCAGGCAUUUUCAGAAUCUCCCUGUUUAUUAAUUUCAUUUAGUCCUCACAAUAACUUUGUGGCUGUGAGCCACAUUUUGCUGAUGAGGGCACACAGAGAGAUUAGAUAACAUGUCUAAAGCCACUCAGUGAAACACAGUCUGUCUUUGAAUCUAGUAAAUGUAAUCACUGUGAUCUGGCUUGACAGUUCUCUGACCACCAGCCUAACAGGGUUUGAAGAGGAAUUUCUUUCCUUUGCUAUGAUGGUGGAGGCACAUUAUACACCCAUUUUACCUGUCACAGAUUUAGGCCUUCCCACCAUCCUUUCUUCCCCAAUUGGUAUCUUGCCCUCUAUACCCCAGAAAAAGGAAGGUCAUAGUUGAAGAACAAAGAGAAACAAUCUGAAAACUUUGGUUUUUGAGCUUCCAAGAGCUCAGAUCUGAGCGAGUUGUGGAAAGAAUUCUUCAAAGGUACUUUUGACUAUACAUACAUUUAUUGUAUUUCCUGGACUUGAAAUUCUAACCUCCAAAUAAGAUGCUGCUCCUCUUGCUGGGCACAGUGGCUCACGCCUCUAUUCCCAGCACUUUGGGAGGCCAAGGUGGGCGGAUCACUUGAGCUCAGGAGUUCAAGACCAGCCUGGGCAACAUGACAAAACCCAUUCUCAAAAGAAUUUUUAAAAAACUAGCUGGGCAUGGAGGUGUGUGCCUGUAGUCCCAGUUACUCAGGAGACUGAGGUAGGAGGAUUGCUUGAGCCCAAGGAGGUCAAGGCUGUAGUGAGUGGUGAUUGUGUCACUGCACUUUUGCCUGGGCAACAGAGAGAGGGAUAGAGAGAGAUCCUGUCUCAGACACACACAACAAAGCUGUUGCUCCUCUGGAACUUACUUUCGUGGUUAUUCAGCUAAUUUGCUUCUCACAGCUGGCAGCAUUUCUGAAGGCCAUGAAAUUAAACAGUUCCGGACCAGGUGCAGUGGCUCACGCCUGUGAUCCCAGAGUCUUUCUGUUUAUUAUGUCCCUCAGGGCAGAUCACCUGAGGUCAGGAGUUCAAGACAAGCUUGGCUAACAUGGUGAAAUCCGGUUUCUACUACAAAUACAAAAAAUUAGCUGGGCCUGAUGGUACACACCUGUAAUCCCAGCUAUUUGGGAGGCUGAGGCAGGAGAAUCGCUUGAACCCAGGAGGCAGAGGUUGCAGUGAGCCAAGAUCGCUCCAUUUUACUCCAGCUUGGGCAACAAGAAUGAAAGUGCGUCUUGGGGAAAAAAAAAAGUUCUGGAUGCUCUAUUCACAGACUUUAUUGAGAGGGAAAGAAAGGAAUGAUCAUGUAUUCCUAAGUGGACUUUGGUCUUCAGACAAGCGAAUCAUAUACACUUUGUAAUCAGAUAUUUGUGCCUAGAGUCCCACUCUAUCUCACUUUUCUGUUCAGUAAAAAAAAGUUUCUGAAAACAUAAACAAAACUAAAAAACCGCUAACAAAGGCAAACAUUUCUGAAAUUCUGAGAGCUAUGAUGGAUGAGGUGGCUUCUGGCUGUAGAGGUUGUAGAGCAGAGCCAAAACUAUUAGGAGGGGAAAAAAAUGCUGUGCUUUAUAGUUUUUAAGAGUUUCUUUCACAGACAUUAUUAUUUCAUCUGACUUUCCUAACUUUGCAAGAAAGUGUUGGUCUCGGCCGGGCGUGGUGGCUCACACCUGUAAUUCCAGCACUUUGGGAGGCUGAGGCAGGCCGAUCAUGAGGUGAAGAGUUCAAGAACAUCCUGGCCAACAUGGUGAAACCCCAUCUCUACUAAGAAUAUAAAAAUUAGCUGGGCAUGAUGGCACGUGUCUGUAGUCCCAGCUACUCAGGAGGCUGAGGCAGGAGAAUCGCUUGAACCCGGGAAGCAGAGGUUGCAAGUGACCCGCGAUCACGCCAUUGCACUCCAGCCUGGCGACAGAGCGAGACUCUAUCUCAAAACAAAAACAAACAAAAAGAAAGUGAUUGGUCUCAUUUUAUAGAUAGCAAGUGAAGUGAGGCUCAAGAGACAUUGAGUUACUUAUCCACGGUCACAUAGGAAUUGGCAGAACUAGGCCUGGAAUGUAGGUCUUCUGUUAUCUCUAAGUCCAGGGCUGCCCUUUACACGUGACAUCACUGAGGAUGAGAGGCCCAUGUUCCAAUCACAGCAUGCAUCGCAGCUUCCUGGGGGAAAUGAAGCAAAAACAAAACUAAAAAACCUGAUUAUCUAAGUUUCCUUUGGACAACCAAAGAGCCUUCAUGGUUUUCAACUAGCUUCCAGUCUUGGUGUCAGCUGAACUAAGUCAUUUACAAUGCCAUUACUAAAACUGGUGAUACAUAUAGAGGUUAGAGACUGUUCUCAGAUUCCUACAGUUACUCUUUUUUAAGAGGAAAAAUGUUUAAGGUUAUUUAGAGAAUAGAGAUAUAGGAAUCUAUUUAAGGAAUACUAAAUAGAGUAGAAGUUUUGUGCCUUGUGAAAGAAACUUGAAAGGAUCCUUGGCUGGGCACAGUGGCUCACACCUGUUAUCCCAGCACUUUGGGAGGCCAAAGUGGGCAGGAUCAUUUCAGCCCAAGAGUUUGAGACCAGCCUGGGCAACAUAGAUCCUAUCUAUACAAAGGAAAAAAAAAAAUUUUUUUUUUUUUUGAGAUAGUUUCACUGUUGUUACCCGAGAGUGCAAUGGCACGAUCUCGGCUCACCACAACCUCCGCCUCCUGGGUUCAAGCAAUUCUCCUGCCUCGGCCUCCCAAGUAGCUGGGACUACAGGCACGCACCACCAUGCCCAGCUAAUUUUUGUAUUUUUAGUAGAGACGGGGUUUCAUCUUGUUGACCAGGAUGGUCUCGAUCUCUUGACCUCGUGAUCUACCCACCUCGGCCUCCCAAAGUACUGGGAUUAUAGGCGUGAGCCACCGUGCCCGGCCUGGAAAAAAUUUUUUAAUUGGCUGGGCAUGGUGGCAUGCACUUGUAGUCCUAGCCACUUGGGAGGCUGAGGCAUCAGGAUCCCUUGAGCCCAGGAGGUCGAGGCCGCAAUGAGCCCUCAUUAUGCCACUGCACUCCAGCCUGGGCAACAGAGUGAAACCCUGACAUAAAACAAAAUAAAGUUACUUCAGCUGGUUACAGGGGCUCACACCUGUAAUACUAGUACUUUGAGAGGCCAAGGCAGGAGGACUGCUUGAGCCCAGGAGUUCGAUCCCAGACUGGAUAACAUAGCGAGACCAUCUCUACAAAAAAAUUAUUUAAAAAAAUUAGCCAGUUGUAGUGGCAUGCACUGGUAGUCCCAAUUACUUGGGAGGCUGAGGUGUGAGAAUCGCUUCAGCCCAGGAGAUCAAGGCUGUCACAUUCUAUCCUGAGAGACAGAGUGAAACUGUCAAAAAAAAGAGAAAAGAUUCUCUUGGGUUUUUCCCUUUAUUUUCCACCCUGACCUACCUCUCAUAUCUCUACUUCUAGUACUACUAGUGAUCAUGUCUUUAGUUUGAAAGGAAUUCUUGAUUAUGUUGCAGUUUUCUACAUUUCAGAAUCAGGAAAGUAAAGUUUUAAGGAUAGACAUGAAAGGGUUUUUGAAAACCGCUUUUGAAAGCAGAUCACCUCUUCAUUUGGUCUUUUGGUUCUUAGAAAUAUUAUGACAUGGCUAGUUUUAGGCAAGUGAAAAAUUAAAGCUAAAAGAAUGAACCUUGGUAUUAGAUUUUGGGGGCAGUCCAAAAAGGAAAAGAUAGAUUAGUCAUUAGCAAAAAGUUAGUGGGUUCAAGCCGUAGCCCUGGUUCAGCUACAGUUUAGCCCAUUUUCAGUAAGUAGAAGAAAAGUUAGCUGAAAAUUGACUGUGGCUUCUUGCUUUGUCAGUAUUUUUUAAAAUAUAUGGGAUUAUUCCUAAUUGGCCACCUCUGGAAGGGCUACAUCCAUUCUGGGAAGGUUGCCAGACAGUUUUUCUGUCUCCUAAGGUGGUACAGAUUGCCUGUUUAAUCUGAUACUUUAGUGUUUUUCCAAAACCGAAUUGUUAUGUUAACUCACAUUCCCCGGUUAUUAGAAAAGACUACUUUAGACCAGGCAUGGUGGCUCAUACCUAUACUCACAGCACUUUGGGAGGCUGAGGCAGGCAGAUCACCUGAGGCCAGGAGUUCAGGACCAGCCUGGCCAACAUGGUGAAACCCCGUCUCUACUAAAAAAGUAGAAAAAUCAGCUGGGUAUAGUGGUACAUGCCCACUGAGUAAUCCCAGCUAUUCAGGAGGCUGAGGCAAGAGCAUCCCUUGAACACCCAGGAGGCGGAGGUUGUAGUGAGCCGAGAUUGCUGCCAUUGCACUCCAGCCUGGGCAACAAGAGUGAAACUCCAUCUCAAAAAAGAAAGAAAAGACAAAGACUACUUCAGUGGAUUUUAAAGGAUGUACUUUUGGUAUUUUUCCAAUUUGGAAAAAGCUGUCCCAGAGUGACCAAUAAUCAAGAAGUUUGGUUAUUGGCCUGACUGUCUUAAAAAAAAGACAAGUGUAUUCUUACUAAUCUUAUCCUCUGCCUGCCAGCCUGGGCAACAUAGUGAGACCCCCAUCUCUACAAAAAAUAUUUUUUUUAAUUACCUAGUCUUGAUGGUGCACAUGUGUAGUUCCAGCUACUUGGAAGACUGAGGUGAGAGGAUUGCUCGAGCCCAAGAGAUCGAGGCUGCAGUGAGCUAUGAUCACACCACUGCACUCCAGCCUGGGUGACAGUGUGAGACCCUAUCUCUAAAAAAUAAAUAAAAUGUGGGCUGGGCGUGGUGGCUCACGCCUGUAAUCCAAGCACUUUGGAGGCCAAGGUGGGCAGAUCACCUGAGGUCGGGAGUUCAAGACCAGCCUGACCAACAUGGUGAAACCCCAUCUUAAAAAAAUAAAGAAAGAAAGAAAAAUAAAUAAAAUGUUAAAGUAAUGAUAUCAUUUAAUAUUCAAUCUGAGCAUUUCUAGUAGAUUCUGGUGGAAGAAAGGGAUAGCAGUCAUCCAAGAUUAAAGAACAUUCAUGAGAGAGAGAACAGCUUAGAACUGAGAAUUCUCUUUUUCCCCCAUUCAGCUGAUUGUUCAGUUUAACAGGUGGUUCCCUUCCCCAGCACAGGUGGCAGAACCCACGUUCUGCAGAGGCAUAGUUUGUGAAUCAGCACUAGCUGGGGAGAGCUGGAGCUCUCAUUUCAGACAGAUGAAGUGUCUACUUCCAGCCCUGCUGUUACCUAUAAGCUCUAUGGUCUUGGAUGAAGCAAGUUCUUCCCCAUCUUUGAUGUCAUUUCCUAAUUUGUCUUGUUCAGAAGGCUAAGAAAGCAAAGGACAAGUUGUUGAAACGAGAAGGGGAUGAUCGAGCAGAAUCAGGGACCCAAGGAUAUGAGUCUUUCAGCUAUGGAGGGGUUGAUCCUUACAUGUGGGAACCCCAGGAGCUUGGUGCUGUGAGAAGCCAUCUUUCUGAAUUCAAAAAACACCGAGCUGCUAGAAUUGACCACUAUGUUGUGGAAGUCAAUAAAUUAAUAAUCAGGUUAGAGAAGCUCACUGCAUUUGACAGAACAAAUACUGAGUCUGCAAAGAUUAGAGCAAUAGAAAAGUCUGUGGUGCCUUGGGUCAACGACCAGGAUGUCCCUUUCUGUCCAGACUGUGGGAAUAAGUUCAGCAUCCGGAACCGCCGCCACCAUUGUCGCCUCUGUGGGUCUAUUAUGUGCAAGAAGUGUAUGGAGCUCAUCAGCCUUCCCUUGGCAAACAAGCUCACCAGUGCCAGCAAGGAGUCCCUGAGCACCCACACCAGCCCCAGCCAGUCACCCAACAGUGUCCAUGGCUCCCGCCGAGGCAGCAUCAGCAGCAUGAGCAGUGUCAGCUCAGUCCUGGAUGAGAAGGACGAUGACCGGAUUCGCUGCUGUACACACUGCAAGGACACGCUGCUCAAGAGAGAGCAGCAGAUUGAUGAGAAGGAACACACACCUGACAUCGUGAAGCUCUACGAGAAAUUACGACUCUGCAUGGAGAAAGUUGACCAGAAAGCUCCAGAAUACAUCAAGAUGGCAGCAUCAUUAAAUGCUGGGGAGACAACCUACAGUCUGGAACAUGCCAGUGAUCUUCGAGUGGAAGUGCAGAAAGUGUAUGAGCUAAUAGACGCUUUAAGUAAGAAGAUCUUAACCUUAGGCUUGAACCAGGACCCUCCACCACAUCCAAGCAAUUUGCGGCUACAGAGAAUGAUCAGAUACUCAGCAACACUUUUUGUGCAGGAAAAGUUGCUUGGUUUGAUGUCACUGCCAACCAAAGAACAGUUUGAGGAACUGAAAAAGAAAAGGAAGGAGGAAAUGGAGAGGAAGAGGGCCAUGGAGAGACAAGCUGCCCUGGAGUCCCAGCGAAGGCUUGAGGAAAGGCAUAGUGGCCUGGCUUCUCAAGCAGCCAACGGCGAGGUGGCAUCUCUCCGCAGGGGCCCUGCCCCCUUGAGAAAGGCUGAGGGCUGGCUCCCGCUGUCAGGAGGUCAGGGGCAGAGUGAGGACUCAGACCCUCUCCUCCAGCAGAUCCACAACAUCACAUCGUUCAUCAAGCAGGCCAAGGCUGCAGGCCGCAAGGAUGAAGUGCGUACCCUGCAGGAGAACCUGCGGCAGCUGCAGGACGAGUAUGACCAGCAGCAGACAGAGAAGGCCAUCGAGCUGUCCCGGAGGCAGGCUGAGGAAGAGGACCUACAGCGGGAACAGCUGCAAAUGCUUCGUGAACGGGAGUUGGAACGAGAAAGGGAGCAAUUUCGCGUGGCAUCCCUGCACACACGAACUAGGUCCCUGGACUUCCGAGAAAUCGGCCCUUUUCAGCUGGAGCCCAGCAGAGAGCCUCGUACCCACCUUGCUUACGCUUUGGAUCUAGGCUCUUCCUCAAUUCAAAGCAGCAUAGCUCCGAAGACUCCUACACCCAGCUCAGCUCAAGAGCCCAUCAGAGUGUGGUCUGGGCCCUCAGCCCUUGGCCAGGAGCUGUUAACCCAGAGCAGCAUGUCACAGCAAAAUGAGGGGCCCUCCUUAAACCCCUUUGAUGAGGAAGACCUUUCCAGCCCUAUGGAAGAGGGCACCGCUAGUCCUCCUGCUGCAGGGGCUUCCUUCGGCCCUUCAGCCCAUAUCUCGAAAGAGUACAAUCCUUUUGAGGAAGAGGAUGACAAGGAGGAGGCAAUGGCUGGGAAUCCAUUCAUUCACCCAGACAGCCCAGCUCCUAACCCCUUCAACGAGGAAGCCGAACAUCCCCAGCAGAGACACUCAAGCCCUCUGGUUCCUGGCAACCCCUUUGAGGAACCCACCUGUACCAACCCCUUUGAGAUGGACAGUGACAGUGGGCCAGAAGCUGAGGAGCCCAUAGAAGAGGAGCUCCUGCUGCAACAGAUCGAUAACAUCAAGGCAUACAUCUUUGAUGCCAAGCAGUGCGGCCGUCUGGAUGAGGUAGAGGUGCUGACGGAAAACCUGCGGGAGCUGAAGCACACCCUGGCCAAGCAGAAGGGGGGCACUGACUGACCAGCAAUGGGGAGGGCAUCUUUGGGCCCAGGGGUCUGGCAGGAGCCAGUGGAGCAGGAGCAGGGCAGGUGGGAUGGAUGGGGAAGGUGGCAGGGUGAGAACUCAGAUGCACACUGUUGUGCUCUUUGAGGUAUUUCCACUACAGUUGAAUAAUAAAAUAGAAACUAGAACAGGGAGAAUCAGCAUUCAUUUGCUGUUUUUCCUGUUUAUUAUUAUUUUUUUGUAAUCAGGGGUUUACCACUUUUGAAGGGAGUUUACAUUUUUACUACCCAGAUAUAACUAAAUGCAGCUCUGUUGGGCCCCGGGCAGAAAUGGCUGCUAUGCACCUCUUGGGUCCAUUUGUUACUGCUAGUCUUGGGUCCUUAUGCAGUAUUAUAGGGCAGCCUUUUUAGAGCCCCUUCCUUUAGCCAAGACAGAGGAGAUAGAUUCCAUUGAGCUGUAUUCUGCUCAGAUAGAAGUCCAUCCCUAGUAGGCUGUGAGUUCCAUUUCACGUGGGGCUGCCUCUCCCCUGCUUGGUGCUUCCUGUCAAUACAGCAGAAUGGGGAGGUGCUGUUAUAUAAAGGGGAAAGUUUAGAUGCAGGAGAGCCCAGCACCUCUUUUUAAGGCAGGGUGACAGGAAUAUUUCACUAGGGUCUAUUUUCUCAGUUUAAGUCCUUUUUGUCUCUUUCAGGAAGUUAAGUUCCCAGUGUAGGGUUAUCAAUGUGAAUCUGGUCCUGAGCUUUUUAGAAAAUAAGAGUGGUUAACAUUUUUUGUGAGAAGAGUUUCACCACUCUUGUUCUGAUGGAACAAUUCUGUCACUGGAGAAAUCUCCCUCCAGAGCUUGGCAAAAUUACUCUGAUCUGGGCCUGUUUAAAAGGCCUAGUCUCUAAUUUAGGAAUUGGUGAUCUGGAAGCUUUUGUGGAACAUUGCAAGAAGGAGGGAAGUUCCCAGAGUCAGAAGGUAAAAUUAAAAUAAUUUCCAAGGCUAUUUGAUCAGCCGUCUUCCAUUUUGGUUCAUCUUGUCCUGAGCUGGGGCACUGAUGAGAUUUUUUUUUUUUUUUUUGAGACAGUGUCUGUCUUUGUUACCCAGACUGGAGUGCAGUGGCAUAAUCUAAGCUCACUGCAACUUCAGCCUCCUGGGUUCAAGCAAUUGUUGGGCCUCAGCCUCCCAAAUAGCUGGGAUUAUAGGCGUGUGCCACCAUGCCUGGCUAAUUUUUGUAUUUUUUGUAGAGGCAGAGUUUUACCAUGUUGGCCAGGCUGGUCUCAAACUGCUGGACUCAAGUGAUCCGCCACUUUGGCGCCUCCCAAAGUGCUGGAAUACAGGUGUGAGCCACUGUGCCCACCCUAAUGAUGUAUUUUAUUAACAAUAUUAGUAUUAAGAACCUGAAAUGUUUGAAGAAGCACAAUCCAGGAUCAUGCUGGUAGCACCAUAGUACUUAGACUAUUGGCCAAUUAAGGCCAGAAAGGGAAGUUGUUAAUUUAGCUUUGGUGCUUUGGUUUAUAGGAACAUAACCCUUAACUGACAUCUGACAUCAUACCCACAUGUGCUCAGCUCUGGGUAGAGUUUCUGCAGUUACUCAUCUUAACUAAUGAAUAACUAACCACGAGUCACUUUAUGCCCUGUAACUAGCUCUAGGCCAUACUUUCACUGGUUACUGGUGUGAGAACUGAAAUUCAUUGUGUUACAUUCUGGUGAAGACUGCUCUUGGUAAUGGGAAUGUUUGAACUCUUGAUGAAAAAAUAAUCUGUAUUUGUGUUGAUGUUGUUCACAUUUCUUUAGCACAUUUCUUAGUCUUUUGGUUGAAUGAAAAAGUCUUGUAUAGGGGUGUAGGCACAGGGAGUGGGUAGAAGUGUGUGAAGGACCCUUUGCAUUUGGGAUCUGUUCACAAAUAGCCGUAUGAGUGGGUUAACGAAGGUCAGCCGGUCAGCAACCCUGCUGGUUGUUAUGGGUUUUGAGAAGUUGGCAACCAGGCAUCUAAGAUGUUGCCUGGCACAGGCCUCUUUUCUUACCUGAGGCCCAUGACAUUUCUCUGUUAUUCUAGAGGGUUUCCCAGAUGGCUGUUAGGCUCCUCCCUGCUUAGGCUCUCAUUUCUCUGACAAGAGGAUGAAUUGAAAAGCAGGUAGUUCCAGAAGCUAAUUGCUGCUUUCCCUCAUAAUUAUUUUUCUUAUGAGAACAUUUCUCUUUUAAUUAGCUGGUGAUUUUGAUUAAGACUAAUUCACUAAACAUACCCUUUCCCUCAGAUCACCUCAGGUAGCAAUCUGUAAGUAAUAGCAUUGAGAAACACACAAGAAACAUUUUUUUUUUUUUAACUAUUUUUAAAAACCUGGCCAGGCAGUGGCUGACGUCUGUAAUCCCAGCACUUUGGGAGGCCAAGGCGGGUGUAUCACCUAAGGUCAGGAGUUCAAGACCAGCCUGGCCAACAUGGUAAACCCUGUAUCUACUAAAAAUACAAAACUUAGCCAGUCGUAGUGGCAGAUGCCUAUAAUCCCAGCUACUCAGUGGGGCUGAGGCACGAGAAUUGCUUGAACUCGGAAGGUUGCAGUGAGAUGAGAUCGCACCACUGCACUCCAGCCUGGGUGACAAGAGCAAGACGGUCUCAAAAACAACAAAAAACAAAAAACACCAACUCAUUGAAUAUAUUAAACCAAACUAAAAUCAUAUUCUUUUGAUUUGAUAAAGUUUAUCCAUUGUUGUAUUCUUCUAUGAAUUCUUCCAUUUAAUUCUUCCAUGGUUAUAUUUUCCUAUAAAUAUAUACAUCACAGGUUAGAAUUUUGUAACCAUUAGCUAUACCAUCUCACAGAAUUUAUACAGGCACAAAGUUGGAGUUACAGAGAUGGGUUGACAGCAGGGAAAACCUGGCCUAUCUAUUAUAACCACAACUUCGGAUUCUUACCACCUGAAUAUUCACCUUUCCUGUAGUCUUCCAAGGCAAACAACUCCAUCUCAUCACCAAAUGAGCAACAUCUUGUUAUAGCAAUAGCAGAACUCCCUAGACGCAGAUCAUGAGAAAUAUGGAAAAGACGUUGGGAUUCAGGCAUCAGGUGAAGUUGGCUUUUCCCUUUUAUGCCUUGUUUGUAUUUCCCCCUGGAUAAUACUCUAAGGAUACUUACUCAUUGUACUUGCAGCUCAACAUGUCUUUGCUGUUCAUAUACUAAAAUAUACCUCUGAGUCAUUGUGAGCUGUGUGGUAGGUUGGACAUUAGCAUUGUUGGUGAUGGGACUCAAAAGGAAAAGCUGAUCUCUUUACCAGGUCACAGACUAUAGCAGAUUGUGCUUGUUAUCUGACAAUGACUGUCACUUUGAGGGUCAUUGAUUUGCAUGCACUUCUCUGGGGCCUUGUAUUGGAGCCUUUUUUUAAAAUAAAAUAAAAUUUGAGAUAGA